CCCAGGAGGAGCGAGGGAGCAGAGCCGCUGGAGAGGACCAGACACUGGAGAGGCGAUAUGGCGGGAACCAGUCUCGGAGCCCGCUUCUACCGGCAGAUCAAGAGACAUCCCGGGCUCAUCCCGAUGAUCGGCUUCAUCGGCCUGGGCAUGGGCAGCGCUGCGCUGUACUUGCUGAGACUCGCCCUGCGCAGCCCGGACGUCUGCUGGGACCGAAAGAACAACCCAGAGCCCUGGAACCGCCUGAGCCCCAAUGACCAAUACAAGUUCCUUGCAGUUUCCACUGACUAUAAGAAGCUGAAGAAGGACCGGCCAGACUUCUAAGCCCGGCUGGGGUGCGCGCUGGAUGUAAACCACCACCAGCCAGCCUACUCCUUCCUUCCACUCUCCGCCCGCAAUUCCAGGGCGCCACUCUAGCCACCCUGGCCAGCUCCUGCUUACACAGGCCUGGUUCCCACGGCAGAGGGGAGGCAGCUCCACCCCCACCCCCUUCCCUCGGUCCCAGCGGCGGAAGUGCCUCUGACCCUCAGGCUUGAGUCCCACGCGGGGGAGGGGGAGCUAGGGGGGCAGGCAUCUGCCCGGUAGACCCAAAAGGCCCCAGCCAGCCCCUCUGUCCCGCUACUUGGGCCCGGCAGGGCGUGGUGCAGGCUACGUGUUGAGCGUGGCCGACGUGAGCCAAGAGCAAGCAGGGGCCUCUGAGUGCCAAGCGACGUGGCGGGCCUCACGUUAGCCGAGGCUCCCGGCGCCAGCCCAGGGGCGGCGCUGCUCCGGCUCACUAGGCUCGUUCUGGGCUGCCCAGCCUGCCCCGGAUGCGGCACGGAGGCCCAGGGAGGUGUAGCACGCUCAGGCCCCAGCCCUAGCGCUCCACCUACGCCGCCAGGCGGCACGCCCUCGCCUCGCACCUGGGCCUCCCCCGCCCCUCCCCCUGCCGUCCCGCCCCUCCCUUGCUCCCCUCCGUCCCCCGGGGAUCAAACAGAAG